CGAGAGUGCGCGCGCGCGCGUGUGAAUUCAAACUUUGUCGGACGGAUAACGGAUAACGACCUGGACCUGGGGUACCUGCUGGUGGAGAAGAUCGAACGGGAAAGUUCAUGGCUUCACUUUGGUUGGCGUGAAAGGGAAAUGUGAUUUUUUUGGUUUUGAAAAGGUCAUAAAGUGAGAUUUCAAAUCAAGUGCUUGGGAGUGCCGGUUUGAACACGUAGAUUAGAAGGUGGUGAGCAAGCAUUUUUUUUCCCGAAGAAAAAGAUUGUGUCUUAGAGGAGGAUAAUAAUGUGUUGAGCGGAAAACCCUACAGAGAAGACGUGAAGUGCGGAUAGUUUGAUGAACAUCUCCAAAAGGAUUUCUAGCCUUGAUGAUCCAGGAUGCUGACGACGGUAGCGCUCAUACUGGUCACGUCCAUACUGCGGACGGCCGCCCAAAAUCCCUUCCCAAAUGACCCGGCAGCGAAGCCGGAUCGAACGAUUCUUCUGCCGACCGUUCCACCGGAUGAGUUAUUCACCGUGAUAAAUGCGCAGUCUCCACCACCUACGAUGGGACCACUCUUGAUGGAUGGCGUUCACUAUGAACAUUCGAUACCGCUGGGUCCUCACAGCAACUACUACGUGUACUACUCGGACAAUGUUCGGAAUUCACAUCAGCAGCAAAAGCAGCAGCAGCAACAACAGCAGCAACAGCAGCAGCAACAGCAGCAGCAGCAACAGCAGCAGCAGCAACAGCAGCAGCAGCAGCAGCAGCAGCAGCAGCAGCAGCAGCAGCAGCAACAGCAGCAGCAGCAGCAACAGCAGCAACAGCAACAGCAGCAACAGCAGCAGCAACAACAACAACAACAUCAACUUUUUUAUCAGCCUCUCGUUGGCUACUCCAACGAACAGUCUAGUCAGAUAAUGUUUAACCCCAACUCCAUACCGGUGCAGCUAGUGACGCUAGUGCAACCGACGAUCGAAGCCCCAGUCCAACAGGAGAAUGCUACUGCUGCGCGACAACCCUCGCCGUAUGUGAAUAUAAACGAGGAGGGCAUCCACAAGCUGGUGACAUCCACGCAGAACCUGGUAACGAACGAAGAUGUCGUGAGUAUCAACAAUGCCGAGGAAGAGGAGCCACCGUCGGAGAACGUUCAAGCGGAUAAGGAGGAACAGAAAGCAUCGGAUAGCGAACCGAGUGAGAGUUCCAAGAAGGAACAUAGACUCAAGGAUAAUUUAGCUGUCCCGUCCUUCGACAAUCCGAUCAUCGUGGGAGAUAUGCCUGAGGGAGCUCAAAGAAACCAUCGGUCGGGUGGUAAAUCAGAUAACUUCUACAAACAGAUCAAUGUGGAAAUUCUCGGAGAAGCCGACGAUCACAACAAGGGACAGUUCUUGAAGGAGACAACCUAUCGAACCAAUCAGGUGACUUCAGAGCCGUGUGACGAUGAUGUAAAGUAUGGUCCGGUUGAGAUCAAGCAUGAAGUCACCACGAUUAGACCAAUUACUAUAUCCACCAAGGCUCGCGGAUCGACCGCAACGAGGUUGAGUACACGUUUUCGAACGACUUCAGCCAGCGUCCCUUCGUCAACUGCACGCUACACCGCCAAAGAACCAAUCACUGUAACUGCAAAACCUGUUCCACAAAAGUACCUGGCCCCAAUUCAGGCAGGAUUACGACUCUCUAACUCUGGUAAAAACAUCGAUGACUGCGUUGACGAGAAAGGUUCCAAGACUAUCGUCGAGGUUCAAAAGAGCGUCAACAUCAAGAAUCUCCUGAUUGGCCCAGAGCCAUCUCAACCACAACGACAGCGUGAGUUUGGUGCAAGAACCACAAUAGUUCAGCAACCGAUCAUCAUCGAGAAACCCGUUGAUCGGAUUGUCAAACAGAACGUCUACAUCGAGAAACCAGUUGAUCGCUAUGUUCCACAACCAGUUUACAUCGAGAAACCAGUCCCGCAACCGGUUGAUCGAAUUGUAGAAAAGCAAGUCCCCGUACCUUAUCCAGUGGAAAAGAUCGUUGAGAAACAUGUUCCCACACCUGUCCACGUCCCGUACCCCGUCGAGAAACAGGUUCCAGUUCAUCAUUACGUCGAUCGUCCCGUUCCUCAUCAUGUACCGUUUCCCGUUACAGUGGAAAAGAUAGUCGAGAAGCCUGUUACUGUUGAAAAGGUCGUUACUAAAGAAGUCCAGGUGCCCUACCCGGUAACACAGAUCGUCGAAAAAUUUGUUGAUCGCCCUUUCCCGGUAGAAAAGGUCGUCACCAAAGAGGUUCAGGUUCCCUAUCCCGUUACCCAGAUUGUUAAUCGGCCUUACCCGGUUGAAGUGCAGGUAGAGAAGAUCGUCGAAAAGAUCGUUGAUCGUCCCGUGGAAACGGUUGUCGAGAAACACGUUGAAGUUCCCGUACCCGUAACUGUCGAAAAGGUCGUUGAAAAAUUCAUAGAUCGUCCGGUUCCCUAUCCAGUUCAAGUCCCUGUUGAAGUCCAGGUCCAGGUCCCCGUUCACUACCCGGUAGAAGUCCCAGUAGGUGUCCCCAUUCCGUACCCCGUCGAAAAACUCAUCCCUGUUACCGUCCAUGAACCCAAACCAACGCACGCCAUCAUCAAAACCACGCACCACGAAAAACUUUUUGACUUUCACAAAUUUUUCGGUGGGAAAAAGAAACAUUACACAGAACACUAUAUCCUAAAAGCACCGCCACUACCUAAACCUCCCGUUGUUGAAGCCCCUGGGAAGCAUUACUACUUCCACAGCCAAUACCCCAAGAACGAUCUUCACUUUGGAGCAUCGAUCGCUUCACCGUCCUACGUGGACGUCGGCCAGAUUAACGUCCUUCCGCAUCACUUCCCCGAAAAACCCAAACAUAUCUACGGUGUCCCACUGACCGGAGAUGUCUACAACGGUAAAUCAUCGUACCAUUUCAACCCUUAUCUGCCCUACCCGCUAAUCGAUCAAUCGCACUUUGUAGGCAAAUUUACCUACCAAGCAGCUCCGCUACCGCCACAGCAUCAUCACUACCACCAGCCACCGCAGCCUCAGCUUCUGCCCGGAAUCUACAAGGACGACUAUAUUGGGCCUACGCCCCUGCUGGAGGACCACUGGGCUGUCAAGAGUGACGUCAAGUUCCGCCGGAGUCCCGCGUAUGGCAAGAGCCUGCGGAUCGAGUACGGGGGUUUCAAGCCACCGCUAGUGCCAUCGCUGGAGAUCGACGAGAAUGGGAUUCCGCUGAACAAGGAACAUAACGCGAACUGAGAUCGAUUCCGGGAAGGCGAAUCGUGUGCGUAGACUGAAAUAGUUGAUUUUUGUUUUUCGUAACUGUCUAGCCUUAGGAGUAGUUCUAGUUCUGCCGAUGAUGCUACUGGAGACUCUUCGGUUGUAGGAUUAGGUUAGAAUCAGUCGGAUGGAUAUAAACACAAACACCCAAACGCCAACAAAGUAUAGAUCAAAGCUCGUUCUGUAAGGUUUAGAAGAAUAGCAUCGAGUAGGGAUAAGUAAUUUAUUGUUACACUUAUGCACCUAAGUGAUAGGGAUAAG